UGUAGAAAAAAAAAUGGUCUUUUACCUGUUUGCUGGAGAUGCUAAAUUUAAUCUCGCUAACAGAACUUCCUUUUCAACAGAUUGGAUUUUUGAAAUAUGACGUUGCUAAAGAGGUUUGUGUUAAGAUUGUUCAUAUCAUUGAAGUACAUCACUGCCAAUGUGGUAGACAGAAACAACCGACGAAUAGUAGCAACAUCAUCAACGGUUGAACAUUCAGUGAAACAGUCACUUGAGUGCGGUAGAACUUGCAAUGCAAAGGCUGCAGCAAUCGUAGGAGAAGUGUUGGCAAUGCGUUUCAAAGUGGAGGGUCUAGAUCAAGUGCAAGUAAACGGGAUCCAUGUCAAUGUAAAUAAGGAGGUUGAGAAGAAAGGUUUCAAGAAUCGCACAAAAGUUUGGGCUAUAGUUAACGGCCUAAAGAGCAACGGAGUGAAACUUAUUUUGAAUGACAAUAAAAAUGACAGUUCUCGCCUCAUCUCAGUAAAUUAGUUGUACUCAAUAUGUAGUUGACUCUUAAAAUAACAUCAUUUUUUUUUUCCAGAUCCGUUAACUUCCGUAGUGAGUCCAAUAUACAAACACAUUGCCAUAAUUUUUGUAUAUUAGAUAGAUAGUUUUUUCUUGUAUGUGAAGAAUGGCUCAAGAGUACACUGAGUCAGACGAGAUCAAGAUUGA